GCCGUGUUUCGGCGUUUCGCUUUUCCAACAAAUGACGAUGAAAUAUUUUAAUGAAUCAAGUUAAUUAAAAAAGGACACAAGCAUGGCUGAUCUAAAUGUGGAAGUGCCGUACAAACUGUUAAAGAACUUAAUGUCAUUAGCAGCAAUGGAGGAACAUAGCAUGCUGAAACUAGCAGGAUUAACACUCCUGCAAGAAUUUCUCAAAAAUGACCCCAAGGGUGAGGUCAAACUGUCAUUUUUGCAGAAUGGAAUCUUGGAACCAUUGCUAUUGACUUUUGACAAGGGCAUGGACAACCCCAGAGACCUGGUGUAUCUUGAUGUGUCUUUGAAUUGCAUUUUCUUCCUCUCAGAGCUUCCUGUAAGUCCAGUCCAACCACUAAUCUGUGAGCAAGUGAUAAAAAGAAUGAUACAGCUAAUUGACCAAAAAGGUGCCUUCUACCAUUACUUACCCAGUGUAAAACUAAAUCUUCAGAAGGUGUGUGAAAAUAAACAUUUGGUUGGUAGAGUUCAUGGAACUAACAUGAAUGCUGAUCAAUGGGAUAGAGUAUAUAGGACAAGCAAAGAUCAGGUGACAUCCAUUCUUAGUCUGCCAGAGAUUGUGUAUGUGUGUGACAUUGUUGAUUCUGGAGGUUAUGAAGGAGGGCUUAACAUCAGAGAACAUCUUCUAAGUAGGAACUUAGCCUGGGCUGAUACAAAAUCAGUCAGACCUAGCAAGACAGAUGACGAGGGGGAUUGGAAAGACAUAUUAAUCACCCAUGUUGUAGAAGGACCAGUUUUCUGGGCACAGACUGGGAUAGAGACCAUUCAGAAUGCCCAGAAGAUCCAAGCCAUAUUGAAUGUGUACUGGAAAAAUGGAGCACUAGAAAAUUACAAGUGCAAAAAGGGGGACACGGUAGUGGUCCUACAGGUCAUCAACAAUGAGGUUUCUCCAAUUCGAGUCUCAGUGAAGGAAGUGAACACAAGGGGAGUUCAUGCAUGGGCGCUUGAUUUUGGACAGAUCAUAACUGUUGACAAGAAGAAUGUUUUUGUUUUACCAUGUGAGGUUCGACUGGAUGUUUUUCCUCCACAAGCUUCUCUAUGUUGUAUUGAUGGCCUACAGAUGCCCCCAUGUAGUGAAUCAGCUGUUGGGACUGGACUAUCCAUACUGUGUAACCUAGUCAAACGGUCCUUUCCAUCAGGGCACCUGCUUCAGCAAUUGGGUGGAUUAGAUGUGUGUUUAUCUUUCCUGAAGACCUGUCCUAAUGUGGAUUUAAAACUACAGACCUGUCAAUUACUGUGCAACCUCUCCUGUAACCCUGCCAUCUCCAGCAAAUGUUCAGAGAACCAGUUUAUUCCUGUUAUGAUUGACUGUUUACAGGAGUACUUUGAAAUGAAACCUUCAACUCAGAAGAAUGAACUCUUGUUGGCCUGUCUCAGAACCUUGUCCAAUCUGAUGCAUUUUAAUGAUGUUAACAGGUCCAUAUUUUACCAAUACCAAGGUAUGGAAGCUGUGUUAAAGGUCUCUUUGCUGAAAGAUAGAAACCAUAGUGUAUACAAGGCAGCUACCAAAUGCAUCAAGAUGUUUAUCUGUAAGGCCUUGGAGAGGAACACAAAGGAUGAUGCAAUAAAGAAAAAGAAAAAAUCGAGCUUUGGGAAAGGAGAGAAAUCCAAAAUAAGUCGGGACACCCCACUGGUUAUGUCAAAAGUUCUUGAAGAAAAGGAUGAAAAUGACAAAUUUAUAUGGAAACCAAAAGCUAUAGAGAAAGUUGUGGAUGAGUCCAGAUUUCAGGAGGUUGAGAGCAGUGAUGAUGAACUUACAAACCACCCAGUCUCUUUGUUCAGUUCUCAGCUGAAGGAACAAGCCCAAAUGUCUGCAGAUAGACCUGCAGUGGCAGUAGAUGUAGCUGAUGUGUAUAGAAGUUCUCAACAGAAAGAGGUGUUUGUAUUAGACUCUGUUGUGCCCAUUCAGAACAACUCUACUAAUGAACUAAGGCCAAACAAGACCAUCCAAACUAUUUCUGUGAACACAGUUGUUCAACAUGUUUGUGGAAUGCUGAAUAGUGGAAAAGGAGGCAACAUAUAUUUUGGAUUAUCUCCCACUGGAAAGGUUAUAGGGAUGAACUUUACCCGUGAUGAUCGGGACGAGUUUCGUAUCGGCGUAGACAGGAUGAUGACAGAUCGUCUCCGACCCUGUCUUCUCCAUUCCUGCUUUGACGUGGUUUAUACACCUGUUGUACAAAGGCUGGAAGCUGAGGAUGAUGGGUCACAAGACUUAACGAACAUUCCAGACCUGUUUGUUGGAAAGAUAGUUCUUACUCCAUCAAAAGGCACCUUUUACACAGUGACACCCGAGGAGGAUUGUUACUACAGGUUUGGGUCCCGUACAACUUCCCUGUCUAUCCAGGAACUAAGACAUUUGAUCAUUCUAGAAGAAGAAGAGGAAUUUCGAGAUAAGAUAAACAAUUUGAAGGCAGAAUUAAAAUCUCUGCAGCAACAGGCGGGAGAUGAAGGCUGAUAUUCCCAGUCAGGUUACAUUUUGAUACUUCAUCAGUAUUGUGUUCCCUUACAUGUGAAGAAUUUUGUUCUUCAAGAGAUAUGAUGAAAACAUGCCAAAAGCUUCUUGACCAUUUUGUAGUUUUAUAAUACUCAGGGAAGUCUAGCUGGAUGUUUACUGUUAUUUACUUUUAAUAUUUACUUUGUUUACUAGUGUUUUCUAGUUUUACAGUUAUUUUAGAUAUUUCUGGAAUACAAUACAUGUUACUUGCCCAAAUGAUUUCUUUUGAACAUUGGGAGCCUUUCUUUUUGAAAAAUUUUCUUCAGAGAUAUCUUAUUUUAACAAUUGUUAAAAAAAUAAGCAGUCUUUAUGU